CAAAAGUGGGGGUGAGAGUUCAGAGUAGUCUUUAACCAUACAUAGUUAAUAUAUGGAUAAACGUUACAACCAUGGUUACUUAUAUCAUCAUCUUCCUUGAACAAGUCGCCAGCCAAGUAUCGCAAACACGUUGACCUCGCCUCUCUAUUUAUCUCCCCAAUUCAUAACUCCAUUUUCUAUCUCAAUUUCUCAAAUUUUCACUACUGAAAACACCAUGGAGUAUCGCACAUUAGACAUAAAUGUUGUUUCCGGUAAAGAUCUAAACAAGGUCAAUCUCAUCACAAAAAUGGAUGUAUACGUCGUCAUUUCAAUCUCCGGCGCCGAUGACGACAGAUCUAAUCAGAAAACCAAAACCCACGUUGAUCAUGACGGUGACAAUAACCCAACCUGGAAUUUUCCGAUCAAGUUCACCAUUGAUGAUAACGCUGCUGUUCAAAACCGUUUGCAUCUUGUUUUCAAGCUCCGAUGUCAAAAGGCGCUUGGAGAUAAAGAUAUUGGACAAGUUGAUGUACCCAUCAAAGAGCUUCUCGAAUCUUCCAAUAGCAGUAAUGGAAGUAAACAAUUUGUAAGUUAUCAAAUCAGAAAACCUUCCGGUAAACCCAAAGGUCAACUCACUUUUUCCUAUCAAUUUAGUGAUAGGAUCACCGGUAAUACUGUCGUUGAUUCUAAAAUUGAAAACCCCGUUACUGCUAAUCCGGCGUUAAAUCCAACUCCGAUGGUGGGAUCCACUUCUGUGUACCCACCGCCGCCGCCGCAGCAAGGUCCAAGUGGGCUAUACCCACCGCCUCCGACCUACGCUUGUGGUGGGAGUGGACCUGCUCCUCCACCGCAACCGAUGGGAUAUCCACCAGUGGCGGCGGGAGGAUAUGGAUAUCCGCCGGCAAUGGCAUAUCCUCCGCCAACGCAGUAUGGAUAUCCACCACAGCAAGGUGGACAUGGAUAUGGGUAUCCACAGGUGCAACGGCCGGCGAAGAAGAACAAUAAUUUGGCGUUAGGAUUAGGGGCGGGUUUGCUUGGUGGAGCACUUGGAGGAAUGAUAAUCGGAGAUGCAAUCUCAGAUGUUGGAGGAGGUUAUGAUGGUGGAUUUGGUGAUAUUGGUGGAUUUGAUUUCUGAUUCUUUUUUUAGUUGUAAUUCGAGUGUUUUUAUUUCAUGAGUAGAAAUUAGUUCUUGUGAAAAUUGUGAUAUUACGAAUUUUUUGAUGACAUAAAUAAAGCAACAUUUAAACAUAA